UUUAACAAAACGUAAAAGUAAUAUUUAUUUAUUUAUGAGAUGGAGUCUCUCACUGUCGCCCAGGCUGGAGAGCAGCGGCGCUAUCUCGCCUCACUGCAACCUUCGACUCCAAGGUUCAAGCGAUUGUCCUGCCUCAGCCUCCCGAGUAGCUGGGACUACAGGCACGCGCCACGAGGCCCGGUUAAUUUUGUUUGUAUUUUUAGUAGACAUGGGGGGGUGGGGUUCACUAUGUUGGCCAGGCUGGUCUCGAACUCCUGACCUCAGGCGAUCCGCCCGCCUCAGCCUCUCAAAAUGCUGGGAUUACAGACGUGAGCCACCUCGCCCGGCCGAAAGUAAUCUUUUCUUUUUUCUUUUGAGAGGGAGUCUCGCUCUGUCGCCCAGGCUGGAGUGCAGUGGCGCCAUCUCGGCUCACUGCAACCUCCGCCUCCCGGGUUCAGGUGAUCCUCCUUCCUCAGCCUCCGGAGUAGCUGGGAUUACAGGCGCCCGCCACCACGCCGGGACAAUUUUUGUAUUUUUAGUAGAGACGAGGUUUUACCACGUUGGCCAUACCAGGCUGGUCUCAAGCUCCAGACCUCGUGAUGCGCCGGCUUCGGCCUCCCAAAGUGUUGGGAUUACAGGCGUGAGCCACCGUGCCCGGCCCAAAAGUAAUCUCUAAAGAGCCCUCCAGCCGUAACUUCCUUCCUGAAAAUUAUCUGGGAAAGUAACGCUAGGAAAACGCUGGACGAAACUCUGGAAUCGGGGGUCCUCGGGGCCGCAGGUGCGCCCGCGGGUGUCUGCUCGGGACGUCCCCCAGCAGCCCGGACGCCAGCCUGGAUGCGAAGGCCCCGCCCCGGAGCGCGCCACAAGCCAAUCAGCGCCCUGAGGCGAGUCCUCAUCCGGCGGGGCGGCCCCGCCCCCCGCAGCUCCGGGCCCAGCCGCCAGAGCUGCUUUCCCUCAGGGUGGGCAGAGCGUGGCCACUUUCGCCAGGAGGCGCCUUUGUGUGUUCUAAGUUAAGCCUAUUCGGUGGAUUCUUAUUCCUUGAAUCCAAACCUGGGCAGUAAACCCUCCGGGGCUUAGAGGCCGCUGCCUCCACAGACUGGCUGAUCCCGCCCUGAAGUGCCGCUGGUGGAACAACCCGGGCGGAACCAACGGGCGGCCGCGGGGGGGUGGGAGCGCCGGUUUCCCCCCCACGUCUGCCUUCAGUGGAACGGCCCCGGCGGAACCAACGGGCCGCGGGGGUGCACUAUGCGCACCGUCUUCCUCUCCCUCUGCCUGCAGUGGAACGGCCCGGGCGGAACCAACGUGCGGCCGCAGGGAGCACUCGGCGCGCUGUGUCCCUCCCCAUGUGGGUGCAGUGGAACGGCCCGCGCUGGACCACCAGGCGGCCGCGGAGGGGCACUGAAAAGCCCCGUGUUACCCUCGACCUUAAAAAACAAACAAACAAAAAAACUCCGUGUUUCCACCCCCGUCGGCCUGCAGUGGAAGGGCCCGAGCGGAACCAACGAGGGAGGGGGCGCGGAGCGCGCCGUGUUUUUUCCUCCCGUCUGCCUGGAGUAGAACGGCCCGGGUGGAACCAACGGGCAGCCGCGGGGGCGUUGUGGGCCGCGGCGCGUUUCCCCGGCUCCGCGGCUCGGGGCACUGAGGAGCGGCGCCCGCGGGGCAGCCAGGAGCCCGAUGCCGGGUUCUGCGCGUCAUUUCCGGUCCCGCGGGCGUCCGGUGAAGCCUACCUGGAUCCGCCAGCCCUGUGCCACUCCCCAGUGCCGAGCUCCGAGCUCCUUCCGCGGCCUCGCGCCCGGCCCCUCCACCGCGCGCCUCUCAGGCCCCGCCCGCCAGCGUCCCUUUGUUGUGAAGGCGCCGGGGCGUAGACCGGGGCGCCUGAGCUCGGGGCCUAGCGCUAUGCCUGCGGCGGAGACUGCAUCAGGCUGUCGUCCUCGGGCUCCACCCGGGGAGUUGUGCCCAGACAGCAGAAGGGAAGGAUGUCACUUCUGAGAUGAGGUUCAGAAAGGCCUGGGCUCCUGUCCAGGCUGCUCUCUCCCAUUCCCUGACGAGCUUGCUGGAUGAAAGCUGCUGUCAGGCUGUGGGGCGUCUUGUGGAGAAACUGGUCAGGGCCCUUUCCACCUAUAGCCAGCAAGGAACUGAACCCAGCCAGCGUCCACCUGAGUGAGCUCAGAGGUGGACCCCAGCCCCAGUUGAGCCUUCGGAUGAGGUCACAGCCCUGGUCCGUGGUGUGACUGCAGCUUCAGAAGGGACCUUAAGCCAGAGGUGCCUGCUAAGCUUCCUGCAGAUUCCUGCCCCACAGGGGCCGACAUCAAAAGCAUUUGUUGUUUUGAGGUGUAUCUGCUUCUGCGCUUUGCCUGGGAGAGGCCCUGGUGGCCUCGUUCCUGGCGCCCGGAGUCCCUGCUGCGUCCCCACCCCCGGGUGGUCACGGUGACACAUGCUGCCCAGCCUGGAGGUAAAAUUGUUCGAGGCUGUGGCUUCAGCAUGUCGUCCUCGGUGAAAACCCCGGCACUGGAAGAGCUCGUUCCUGGCUCUGAAGAGAAGCCGAAAGGCAGGUCGCCUCUCAGCUGGGGCUCUCUGUUUGGUCACCGAAGUGAGAAGAUUGUUUUUGCCAAGAGCGACGGCGGCGCAGAUGAGAACGUACUGACCGUCACCAUCACGGAGACCACGGUCAUCGAGUCAGACUUGGGUGUGUGGAGCUCGCGGGCGCUGCUCUACCUCACGCUGUGGUUCUUCUUCAGCUUCUGCACGCUCUUCCUCAACAAGUACAUCCUGUCCCUGCUGGGAGGCGAGCCCAGCAUGCUAGGCGCGGUGCAGAUGCUGUCCACCACGGUUAUCGGGUGUGUGAAAACCCUCGUUCCUUGCUGUUUAUAUCAGCACAAGGCCCGGCUUUCCUACCCACCCAACUUCCUUAUGACGAUGCUGUUUGUGGGUCUGAUGAGGUUUGCAACUGUGGUUUUGGGUUUGGUCAGCCUGAAAAAUGUGGCGGUUUCGUUUGCUGAGACGGUGAAGAGCUCCGCCCCCAUCUUCACGGUGAUCAUGUCUCGGAUGAUUCUGGGGGAGUACACAGGACGUCCCAGUGAUCGGGAGGAGCAGGAAGAGCUUCAGCUACAACCAGGACGUGGUGCUGCUGCUUCUGACAGACGGAGUCCUGUUCCACCUUCAGAGUGUCACGGCCUACGCCCUCAUGGGGAAAAUCUCCCCAAUGACUUUCAGAAUAGCAGGGUGCUUCAACUGGUCUUGUCUGCAGGAAUGGAAUGGUUUCUUCUGGGCUGUCCAGUGCAGGAGCCACUGGCUACAUACGGCUCCUGAGCACUUGAAAUGUGGAGAAUAUAACAAGAACCAGAUUCGGAAUUCAAGCUGAUUGUCGUCAGUUUGAACUUGAACAGACACCUGUGGCCACUGGUUCCUGUGCCGUGCAGCGCAGCUCUAGAAACGGGGGAGGAUCCUUCAGCUUCUUUCCACUUCUGUAACUGGACAGAUUGAAUGAAGUUGUAAUUUAUUUAUGUAUUUUAUUUUAUUUUAUUUUAUUUUAUUUAUUUAUUUUUUUGAGACAGAAUCUCACUCUUUGGCCCAGGCUGGAGUUCAGUAUCACAGUCUCGGCUCACUGCAAGCUCCGCCUCCCGAGUUCACACCAUUCUCCUGCCUCAGCCUCCGGAGUAGCUGGGACUACAGGCGCCCGCCACCGCGCCCAGCUAAGUUUUUUGUGUGUUUUUUAGUAGAGACGGGGUUUCACCGUGUUAGCCAGGAUGGUCUCGAUCUCCUGACCUUGUGAUCUGCCCACCUCGGCUUCCCAAAGUGCUGGGAUUACAGGCGUGAGCCACCGCGCCCGGCCUGUGUGUUUUAUUUUUCCUGAAACAUAGUCUUGCUCAGUCACCCAGAGCUGGAUUUCCGUGGUGUGAUCUCGGCUCACUGCAACCUCCGCCUCCCCGGUUGAAGUGAUUCUCCUGCCUCAGCCUCCCAAGUAGCUGGGAUUACAGGCGCAUGCCACCAUGCCCAGCUAAUUUUUGUAUUUUUAGUGGAGACAGGGUUUCACCAUGUUGGCCAGGCUGGUCUCAAACUCCUGACCUCAGGCGAUCCGCCCGCCUCAGCCUCCCAAUGUGUUGGGAUUACAGGUGCAAGCCACCGCACCCAGCCAAAGGUGCAAUUUAAAGACUGGAGACUAGCCAGGUGGACUGGAGGUCAAAGCGGGCAGAUUGCCGGAUCUCAGGAGUUCGAGACCACCCUGGGCAACAUGGUGAAACCCCAUCUUUACUAAAACACAAAAAAUUAGCCAGGCCUGGUGAAAUGCACCUGUAGUCCCAGCUGCUUGGGAGGCUGAGGCAUCAGAAUCACUUUAGCCCGGGAGGCGGGUGUUGCAGUGAGCCGAGAUUGCGCCACUGUAUUCCAGCUUGGGCUACAGAGUGAGACUCCAUCUCAAAAAAAAAAAAAAAAGACUGGAGAGUUUUUGGUGGCAAAUACAAAGGAACGAGGUUAUGUUACCAGCAGGUGUAGCAGUCCACGCGGCUGGCAUCAGCAGCUGGCCACCUCAUAUUGCGGAAAUCAGCGGACCUUUUUUCUGAAACUUCUAAUCUGUCAGGAGGUGGAAUUGUCCCCAAACAUGAAGUGAAAAGCAGACGUUGGGGCUGGCGGGGAUGGGGGACAGUCAGGUGUAGCUCUCCCUCUUCUCUGCUUUCCGUCUGCUCCAAGUCAGUGAGGUAAAUUCUCAAAUACCCAUCCGAGCUGGUAGCUGUGCACCAUGCACGCAGCGUUCCACAGCUGAGGAGCUGGAGCUCGCGCUUCUCUCACCCGCGGGUCCCGCAGGCCCCGCACCAAGUCGCUUUGUCCAUGGCGCUGCCCUGCCCCGUGCUUCCUGCAUCCUGAAUAGAAGGUGUUUCCGAGACAGGAAAAGUGGCCGCUCUCUCUGAGUUUUUCUGGAACUCAUGGUGGUCUCCUGGGCUUGGUCACUGUCUCUCACCAGCAUGUUUCUUUGUGGGGUCAGGAAUUAUUUCCAAAUGCUCCUGAAGCCUAGUGUUUUAGUGAACAUUACUGAUUGUUAGCAGUGACUGAGAAAAAAAUAAAACUUUUUUUUGUUUUUUUUUUGAGACAGAGUCUUGCUCUGUGACCCAGGCUGGACUGUGGUGGUGCCAUCUCAGCUCACUGCAACCUCCACCUCCCUGGCUCAAGUGAUCCUCUCGCCUCAGCCUCCUGAGUAGCUGGGACUACAGGUGUCCACCACCACGCUGGGCUAAUUUGUGUUUUUUGUUUUUUUAUUUUUUUAUUUUUAUUUUUUUGAGAGAUGGGAUUUUGCUAUGUUGUCCAGGCUGGUCUUGAACUCCUGGCCUCAAGUGAUCCACCCAUCUUUGGCCUCCCAAAGUGCUGGGACUGCAAUUAUGAGCCACCACACCCAGCCCAAUUAUUUUUCUUUUUUUUUUUGAGCCAGAGUCUCAUGCUGUUGCCCAGGCUGGAGUGCAGUGGCAUGAUCUUGGCUCACUGCAACCCCACCUCCCAGGUUCAAGACAUUUUCCUGCCUCAGUCUUCCGAGAAGCUGGGAUUACAGAUGCCCGCCACCACGCCCAGCUAAUUUUUGUAUUUUUAGUGGAGACAGCGUUUCAUCAUCUUGGCCAGGCUGGUCUCGAACUCCUGACCUCAGGUGAUCCGCCUACCUCGGCCUCCCAGAGUGCUAGGAUUACAGGUGCGAGCCACUGCAUGUUGCCCAAUUAUUUUUCAGUAGUAUUUUUUUGUUUUAUUUAAUUUCAUUUUAUAAGAGCAGUGAAUUAAGUACACAUUAUGGAAAGUUUGCAAAGGGUAUUUCCCGUCACCCUUUUUUUGCACAGUCCUAAUGUUGGUAUUUGGUACCCUUUUUCACCCAACAAAUGAUCUCAAGGGAUUGCUUUCCCUGGGUCUACAAAGGCACUGUGAGUGUGUGGGAGAUGUUCUUAUUCUUUUUUUUUUUUUUUGAGACGGAGUCCCGCUUUGUCACCCAGGCUGGAAUGCAGUGAGUGGUGAGAUCUCAGCUCACUGCAGCCUCCUCCUCCCGUGUUCAAGCUAUUGUCCUGCCUCAGCCUUCCAAGUAGCUGGGAUUACAGGCGCCCACCACCACACCCAGCUAUUUUUUUGUAUUUUUAAUAGAGAUAGGAUUUCACCGUGUUAGCCAGGAUGGUCUCGAACUCCUAAACUCGUGAUCCGCCCACCUCGGCUGCCCACAGUGCUGGGAUUACAGGCUGAGCCCCCACGCCCGGCCUCCCACAGUGCUAGGAUUACAGGCUGAGCCCCCACGCCCGGCCUCCCACAGUGCUGGGAUGACAGGCCAAGCCCCCUUGCCCAGCCUCCUACCUGUGGUGAUUUCCAGUCCUGAGGUUGACGACAAACCUCUCGUGUAUAACUUGGGAGGAGAUGUGUACAUUCCUUUUCUUUUUUGGACUCUGAGUAUCAGGCAGGCUGUUCUGAGGUCCCCAUGGGGUGAGCCUGUCUGUCCUCCCUCAGAGCCCACUGUUCCUAAUCUCAUCAUCCAGCACCUGUCGGUUCCCCACGUGAGCCUUGGGCAAGACGCUGCAGUGUUGAUGGUUUGGGUUACGUGGCGUUUAGCUGGGCGCCAUCCUUGCUGAAAAAGGAAACGUCCACACUGAAUGUUUCUGGGGCGCGUGGUGUGUGUCAGGCGCCCACCCCGUCCCACUGUCCCCAAGGGACAGUAGUACUGCACGCUGGGGCCACCAGCCAGCUCAACUCAUCCUCCUGUGUCAUGCACCCCCGAGGGCGCAGGAGGCCUGAGGAGGCUACUGGAGCCGUGUGUUAGGCAGAGGCUUCUGACCGUGUCUGAGCUCUUUACCCCCAAUCUCGCAGCUGGCGGAUUCCCAUGCCCAGUGCAGCCUAUUGUCAGCCAGCCUUUGAGACCCAGAGCUCCAGGGCUUGUCAGAGGCAGCGUGGCGCUCCAGUGGUCCCGAGUCUCAUUUCCCUGCCUGCUCUUUAGGCCUUUGGCACCCAUGGUCACUUCACUGGUUUUCCAUUUGGCUUCUCACCUGGGAAAUACAAAAAUAGCCCCUCCUGAAGAUAGAAUCGUUCAGAAACAGAGCAAUAAUUCUGACUCAUUAACUUCUACCUACUUGAAAAAGUCUGCCAUGAUGAUGGACCGAAAUGAGGCUUUUUAACCCACAAGUAACCUUUUUAUUUUUUUGAGACAGUCUUGUUCUGUUUGUCACCCAGGUUGGAGUACAGUGGCAUGAUCUUGGCUCACUGCAGCCUCGACUUCCUGGGCGCAAGUGAUCCUCCCACCUCAGCCUCCCACGUGCCUGAAACCACAGGCACGUGCCACCAUGCCUGGCUAUUUUUUUGUUGAGCUGGGCUCUCACUUUGUUGCCCAGGCUGGUCUUGAACUCUUCGGCUCAAGCAAUCCUUCCCACUCAGCCUCCCGUAGUGUUGGGAAUAUAGGCGUGCACUACUACACCUGCUUCAGCUGCUUGUAUAAAACAGCUGACCUGUGUCUGGAGGACAGGCCGUGUGUGUGCUCACUGCGCUGCGAAGAUGUUUUGUCACGUGAGUUUCCGCGUUUCCAUUUCUCUUUUUCUGCUUUCCUCAAAAACUAAUAGAAGACCGGGUGCGAUGGCUCACGCCUCUAAUCCCAGCAGUUUGGGAGGCUGCAGCUGGCGGAUCACAAGGUCAGGAGUUUGAGACCAGCCUGGCCAACAUGAUGAAACCUUGUAUUUUGUAAAAAUACAAAAAUUAGCUGGGUGUGAUGGUGGGUGCCUGUAAUCCCAGCUACUCAGGAGGCUGAGGCAGGAGAAUUGUUUGAACCCCGGAGGUGGAGGUUGCAGUGAGCCAAGAUCGUGCCAUUGCACCCCAGCCUGGCAACAGGGCGAGAUGCCGUCUCAAAAACAAACACUAUUAGAAAAUGCCCUGGAGGUGGCGGGGGGUUGUUGAUUUGUGAGGACCAGCUUGAAAACAACCCCCAGGGUGGCCUUGUCUACCUCCCCAUCGAGAAUGUGGCUGCCAGGCUUCCCACUGGCCUCUUUGAAGAUUGUGGUCUGGUAUAAGGAGAGGUGCAGGCGCCUGGUUCUAAGCACCUUGGAAUUUCCAGCCGUACAUCCUCUGGUGUACUCCCCUCCACCCUCACAAGGAGCUUCCAUCCUGCUUCGAUUUUCUGUUUGUGGACCAGAAACAAAUGUUUUUCCAAAGGAUUAGCAAAUAGGGUGAUUUCCUGUGUAACGCUGCUCUGGGGCCUCUUCCUCAUGCUGGCAGAAGGAGCCUGGAGCCCAUGAGGCGGCCAGCACUGUGCCCUUGCUCAGUUGUGCUGUCCCCUCCAUCUCCCUCAGUCUCCUCUCCAUGCCCAAGUCAGUUUCCAGCCACUGGUCUUCAUGGCAUUCCCGGCACAGCCGGGCACCAAGAGGCAAAACCCAAGGCCUGGCUUGGCCAUGUUAACGACUGUACAGACAUUUUUUUUAAAUCACUUUGUGUAAUACUUUUCUCGAAUAGUAAGUUCUUGUUGAACUGUCACGGAUGUGCUUCCAGAAACGCACCGGGUGUGGUUACUUCCACUGGGUGUGUCCAUGGUCGUGGUCUGUGCCUUUGUAAACAAACAGAACACUUGAACCACCUCCCGAAUUGGGUCAUCUGCUUCCUUACAUUGAUACUUAAGAGAUUUGCAGCUCUCUAACUUUCAAGGAAACUUCCCCUACUGAAUGGCAUAAAAAGGUUAAAAAAGAAAAUCCGAGAGUCCCAAUUCCCUGUAUAACAACAUUAAAAUAAUCCGCCUGCCUGGAGAGAUGAGAACACUGUUGCACAACCCAAAAUGUGUCUUUAAUUUGAGAAAAAUUACCAUGGUGAGUCACAUGUCAUUUUAAAGAGCUGAACAGAGACUAUCAUCAGCAAAUAGAGCUCCGCUUUGUAGCUGCCUUUAAAAUCCUUGUCCCAAAUCCGGUGAGCUCAGCUUGCUGCCACCGUGCUCCUGGGUGAUCACUCAGACGGGUCAGUGGGAAUAACAGGCGAACAAGACAGCUUUUUACAUGUGUCCAAAGGAUGUCCUUUCUAAGGCCUGGAAGCAUUUCCCUGUUGGAAGAAGUAAACAAUGACAUUCCAGAUGGAAACAGAAUUCUCUCUCUUGCCUUUGACCAACAUGGUCCUAAGGGGUUCUUUCCCAAUGUAUGUACAUGCCCUGCUGGGGCCUUACUUUAUAGAAUGAGAGCAUCCCAGCUUCCCUAAUGAAUCUGGCUAGUUCUCUGUCUGGCUGAGGAUACAGGAGUGGGACAUCCACUCUCAGAUCCCUCAGAGCACAGAAACCUUCAGCUUUGCUGUCUCUUAAGUAUUUCCUCCAGUUUCCCUGCGGGCCCCUAUGUUUGAGUUUGAUGGCUGCUGGAUCCUCGCUCAACAAAAACGCGAUUGGAAACUUCCACCUGGCAGUCCUUUUUUGUUUUCCAUUUCAUUUCACUUUCAUCUGAAAGUGGCAUUCAGCUGACUUGCUCAUUUAGACUGUUCACAGAGUCUGAACCUGCCAACGUGGUGUUGGAGGCUCCACUUUGAAAAGGGCCAGUCAGGGCAACUUCCCCCAUACAGGAAAACUUGAAAAUCACAACAGUCUACGUCACAGCCAAAUUAUAUUUCCUUUAUACUAAACAAAACUAUGGAGAACUAAAAGUACAUCAUACAAAAUGUUCAUAGUGUUUUGUAUGUGACCUAUUACAGUAUUUAUAUAACUAGAUUAGUGCUUUCUAGCAAACGGUUCUGUUAAUUAGGGAGUCACUUAAUUCUGCCAUGGUGACAAGUUGAUACCAUGUAACUCAUCCUGUGGGUGCCUCCUGGUUAUUUUUGUCUAAGCAGGCGUGGUAGUAGCUGUCUGUGAUUGUUGCUCAGCAAAGUAAAAUAAAUGUUAAAUAUGGA